AUGUCCGGAUGUUCCAGGAAACGCUGCACUCUGAGAAUCACAGACCUGAGAGAGAGCGACUCAGCUGUGUACAAGUUCAGGCUCUUAACAGACCAGCCUGAUGGGAAGUAUACUGGUUACCCAGGAGUUACUUUGUCUGUCACAGACCCAGACCUCCAGGUUCAGGUGAGCACAAGUUCAAGGAUCGCCAAUCUGAAGUGUCACAGCAGUUGUCCUCUACCUCCUCAUCCCUCCUUCAUCUGGUACAAAAAUGGAGAGAGAAUUCAAGCAGCAACAUCUUCUUCUUAUUCAGACCAAUAUAACACUCCAGACAGUUACUCCUGUGCUCUACAAGGACACGAGGAUUCCCCCUCUCCUCCAGUCUGUGCCAUCAAUAAUCAGUGUAACAGAGUGACGUACACUCACAGAAGAAUCUGUGCUCACAAAGGCUCAUCAGUGGACAUCUCUUGUACUUACAACAGUCACAAGAAUAAUGGAGCGAUCACAUCAAAAUUCUGGUUCAGUCCUCAACUCAGUGGAAACUGGCAGAGUCCCUCUCUACCUGCGGACCUGAGAGUGGACUCCCAGUAUGCAGGUCGUGUUCAGGUCUAUGAAACAGGGAGUGGACACUCUGCUCUGAGAAUCUCUGACCUGAGAGAGAGCGGCUCAGCAGAAUAUCGCUUCAGAUUCACUUCAGGACACUUUGAAUGGGGAAGCAGUUUACCUGGUACAACUCUGACUGUCACAGAUGCCCCAAAGACUACCUCUGUGUCAGUGAGUCCCUCUGGUGAGGUGAGGGAGAACAGUUCAGUGACUCUGACCUGCAGCAGUGAUGCUAACCCAGCAGCUAACUACACCUGGUACAAGAAUGGAAAUCCAGACCUUAAACCUUUCAGUAAAGAAGCCCAGCUUGUCUUCAGCUCCAUCCAGCCCUCUGACUCUGGAGAGUAUCACUGUGAAGCUAAGAACCAGCUGGGAAAGAGAACAUCCAAGCACCUUACCAUCGAUGUGAAAUAUGCUCCAAAGCUUCCCUCUGUGUCAGUGAGUCCCUCUGCUGAGAUAAUGGAGAACAGUUCACUGACUCUGACCUGCAGUAGUCAUGCAAACCCAGCAGCAGUUACAUACACCUGGUACAAGAACGGAAAUCCAGACCUUAAACCUGUCGGUAAAGAAGCCGAGCUUGCCUUCAGCUCCAUCCAGCCCUCUGACUCUGGAGAGUAUUACUGUGAAGCUAAGAACCAGCUGGGAAAGGGACCAUCCAAGCACCUUACCAUCGAUGUGAAAUAUGCUCCGAAGCUUCCCUCUGUGUCAGUGAGUCCUUCUGGUGAGAUUAUGGAGGGCAGUUCAGUGAAUCUGAAGUGUAGCAGUGAUGCUAACCCAGCAGCUAACUACACUUGGUACAAGGGAAAUGAUCGUACACCUCAAGGAUCCGGACCAGUCUUCACCAUCAAUGAUGUUACAUCUGAACACAGUGGGGAUUAUUACUGUGAAGCUGACAACAGAAGAGGGCGCCAGAAUGCCACCUUACGCUUUGUUGUUGUGUCAAGUUCAAUGAAAUCAGUCGCUGCUGGAUCAAUCUCUGCCAUUUUCCUGGUUAUCAUUUUCCUCUUAGUCAUCCUAUUCAUAAGGAGAAAGAGAUCCUCAAAGGAAACCAACCAGCCUGGAGAAAGUCCGGACAACAAUGGAGAGCUUAACAUGGCUUCACAAAGUGAACCAGCAGAGGAACUUUGCUACGCCAGCGUGCGCUUCUCCAAAAACCAGGAAGAGGCCCUCUACUCCAACUUUUCACCAGCUAAGCCUAACAGACCCAUGAAGAAGAAGGAGGAUGAAGAUGGGGACGAUGUAGAAUACGCGAGGGUCAACAUUAAGAGUAAAAGGCCUUCCUCAAGAUCAAGAACCCAAAUGACGGAGGAGGAUGUGUCUGCAUUGUACAGCACAGUCGUCCAAACACCAAGAGUGUGAGCACAACAUGGAUCAAAGGUUUAUCACGCCCCAGUGUCGUAGGAGACACAUUUCUCAGGACUUAAUGCACAGAAGAAGAAGAAUUUAAACCGAUAGACCAUUUUGAUAAUUUGAUAAGUAUUUGGAAGAUCAUAUUUAUCGUGCCUCACAGCAGCAUCUUAUCCUUAAGGCCACCGUCGCUUUAACAACAGGUUGGGGUGAGCAAAGGAGCGUUUCAGUCCUAAAUUUGACUGCAAGAUGUCACUAAAUAUUCCCAUUUUUACCCACUGUGCCUUUGAUUUCUCUGCAAACAACUGAACGUUUAGGAUUUCUUUGAAUACAUCUUCAAAAAUGUGUCUUACAUUAUAUAUUGUUCUAAAAGGAUUACCGUUUGGGAGCCUUGACUACAGCUUUUAGACUGCAGUCAUCUUGUUUUUGGAGCCUGAAGUGACCAUAUAUGGACCAGGGGGAUGAGCUCUGAAGGGAGGAAGAAGAUAGAAGAUGCUAAAUUAUUUAAGUUAUAAAGUCGAUGCUAAUUAGCUAAAAUGCUAAUUUACUUGCUUGUAAUUUGCAGGUUUGUCUAACAAAUCAGGUAUGAAUAUCCAAGAUAUGAGCAUUCGUUGAUUCAUACUUACUAGUACCAGAAUUACCCUCACAGGGAAACUUAAGCACUGACGUCUACAUAAGGCGGUCUGUUGGUACAAUAAAUCAAACAGAGAUCUAAGGGGCUCACAGUCUGUUUCUCAGUGCUAACCCUAGCCCUUGAUAGCCUUGUAAAAUAAAGCAGUAUUAUGAACUAAAAAUGUGAGUUAAAGCAGAAUUAACCCAAGUGUAGUCUGUAUUUAUGUGAAAUGAGUAAU